AUGUCGAACGGUCUUGAAUGGGUUAAUUUUGUGAGUGCUGUUGUGCAAUGGUGCUGUGAAAACCUUUUAUCACCAGUCAUGUCUCGCAAACAAAACCUCCUAUGUGAACUGCAUACAAAGAAAGGUACUUGGAAGAUUGUCGUGCGAAUAACUGAUAUGUGGCGUCUUAACAAACAUAAUGGUCGACAAUCCAUUGAGAUGGUGUUGAUGGACCAUAUGGGUACAAAGAUUGGGGCAACUCUAUGGCAAGAAUUGUUCCCUGAAUUUGAACCCAAGUUGCGUUGUGGUGGUGCAUAUGUUAUUCAGAACAUGAAGGUUGUUGAUACUCAUUCUGACUACAAAGUGAAUGCAAUUAAAUAUUUGGUUUAUUUUGUGAAGACAACGUCUGUCAAAGAGGUGGACAGACCUGAGAUUCCUCCUAAUGUUCAUGCCAUUACUUCAUUUGCUGAUAUAAUUUCAGGCGUUGCAAAACCUGAUACUUUAGUUGUGAUUGAACGCAAAACAGUUAAUUCAGCAUAUAGAGUGACUGUCAAGUUGAGAGACAACAGUCAUGUUGAGAUCUUCAUGACUAUGUGGGAGGAAUAUGCUCUUCAGCUGGAUGAUGCUAUUGAGAAAAACCAUUUUGUGCAAAAGCCAUUGGUUGUUAUACUAACUCUUGCUAAGAUCAAAGAACCCAAGGUAUCCCCUCAGUGUACAGAAUAUAAAGCAUGGUUUGAAGUUGUAUGUGAAUGUUUACGUGUGCCAUUUUAUAUUGGCGGUCUAGAUGAUGAGGGUGGUGUUUCUCAGUCACAGUCUACCCAGAAUUGCCAAGAUAAGUUUUUGCAUAAUGCUCAAAUAGUGAGCUUUGGUGAAAUAAAGACUCUGCAACAGGUAAGUCCAUACUGUACAACCACUUUUGAUCCAUUAAAAAUAGGUGCAGCCUGCCAUUCAUGCCAGAAUCAUGUUACUCACACUAUUCCAAGGUAUAAGUUAGUUGUCAAGAUGGAACAGAAUGGAGAGAAGGCGAACUUCCAUUUUUGGGAUGCAGUAUGUAUCAAAAUAUUUGGUAAAACUGCAGAGGAAUGUCGUCAAGAGUUGAUUGCGAGUGGUGAUGAGAUCAAGGUGUUCCCUGCGUGUGUUGAUCAAUUGUUGGGUAAAACUUGGGUUGAUGAACAAUGUAUAAGCAACAAGUCAGCCGAUGUUGGUGUUGCAUCUUCAUCACAACAAGAUUAUCAUCCUACAUCAUCUGAAUAUGAUCCUGGAAAUGCUGCCUUUGUAACUCCUGCAAAAAGAACGUCCGAUCAGCAAGGAAGUAGUCAGUUUGAUAGUGACGACUUCACAACAUAUGAGCUAUCGACCAACAAGCAUAUAAAAGAUGAGUAA